UUCUCUUUUUGACGUCGUCCUUCCCAAAGCAUCCGCUUCAGUUUCGGAUCCUUCCAAAAAAUUUCGAACCCUUUCUGUUUUCAAUCAUUAUCAACUUACCUCCACUUGUUUGGCACACAAAUCCGAAAAAAAAAAUUGGUGAGUUCUGGAGAUAUUAUUUCUGAGCCGAUUUCUUCUUCAAAACCCAGGGAUAUCCUCAAAACCCAUAGCUCUCCUUUUCUGGGACAAUUGAAGAACCUCAAAACCCAUAGCUCUCCUUUUCUGGGACAAUUGAAGAACUGGGAAGUUAUAAUUGUCAAAAAUACAAGUUUCUCUUUCUAUGAGGGUAAAUGAGUCGAAAAAAUUCACUCGGGGAAUCAUGAUCUGCAAGAACAGAACUACAUUGUGUCUGUCCGCAAUUGGGCGAUAGUGCAUGGCUCUAUCUGCAAUAACAAACAAUGAAGCGAUGGCUUAUCUCGCUACUGCAGAAAUCUGUGAUGCAAAUGCCAACCUUCUAUCCAAGGGAGAGCUCCGAGUCCUUCAGCCAAUCUUCCAACCCUAUGGCCAAUGCCGAGCCUUCUCAGGCCCAAUAGUCACCCUCAAGGUCUUCGAAGACAAUGUCUUAGUCAGAGAACUUCUUGAAACUCCCGGUGAAGGAAAAGUCCUAGUCAUCGAUGGUGGAGGGAGCAUGAGAUGUGCUUUAGUCGGGGGCAACAUAGGACAACUAGCCCAAAAUAUGGGAUGGGCAGGACUUUUGGUAAAUGGGUGCAUUAGAGAUGUCGAUGAGAUUAAUGCUUGUGAUAUUGGUGUCAGAGCUUUGGGAUCUCAUCCGCUGAAAUCGAAUAAAAAGGGUGUUGGAGAGAAGAGUGUUCCAGUUAAUGUUGGGGGUACGGUUAUUCAAGAUGGGGAAUGGUUGUAUGCUGAUAGUGAUGGUAUUUUGAUAUCAAAGAUGGAGUUGAGUGUGUGAAUCUUUCCCUGUGGAUUUAGGGAAUAUGUGGUUUUAUGCCUCGAAUAAGAAUUGUUUAUUCAUCUUGUUGUGACAAUAAUCGUCAUAUACUUCAUGGUAUCAGUUCCAUUCCUGCACUUUCAAACUUACAAACAAGAAGAAUAUAGAUAAAAGCACUGAAUUGUAGAUCUCUCUGUUGGUACAUUGUUUACAUUUUCAGUUUAUUAUUAUUAUUAUUAUUAUUAUAAU